ACAGAGUACCUUGUUCUUAGAGAGUACCUAACCACAAUUUUAGAAUAAUAAUUAGUAUUAUCAUUCAUAAUAAAUUAGUUUCAAGUUCGGUUCUCUCGUUUUUACAUUUCUUGUUCAUUUGUUAUAAUAAUUAAACCAAAUGAUAUCAGUUUAGCUUAGUUACAUUUUCUUUUUAUUCUUAAAGUGAAAAAAAAAAAAAAAAACAAAAAAUGUUAUUAAGUAAAUAUCGCCAGAUAACGUAUUGUUCAUCUAUUUUUAACAGUUUUCGAAGAUAUAGUACAUUAAAAAAGGAUCAAUAUGAUAUUGUCGUAAUUGGUGGAGGAGUAGUUGGAUCAGCUUCUGCCAGAGAAUUAUUACAAAGAUAUCCACAGUUACGGAUAGCAAUUGUGGAAAAGGAAAAAAAAUAUGCUUCCCACCAAAGUGGUAAUAACAGUGGAGUAAUUCAUGCAGGUAUAUAUUAUAAACCUGGUUCAUUAAAAGCAAAAUUAUGUGUAAGAGGUCUUCAACUCACAUAUAAAUAUUUGGAUGAAAAAGGCAUAAGGUAUUCAAAAUGUGGUAAAUUAAUUGUUGCUACCCAAAGGGCUGAGGUGCCAAGAUUACUAGAUUUAUAUGAACGUGGGCUUAAAAAUGGUGUUAAAGAUAUACAAUUAUUAGACAAUAAAGAAAUGCACGAAAUUGAGCCUAACUGCAAAGGAAUACAGGCUGUUUGGUCUCCUCACACUGGUAUAGUAAGUUGGGAAGAAGUUACAAAUUCAUAUAUAAAGGACUUUGUUAAGAGUGGUGGUAAAAGUUAUUUGAAUUUUGAAGUUACUAAAUUUGUAGAAGCAGAAGAUGCAGAUUAUCCUGUUAUGAUAAUUGACAACAAAGGUUCAGCUAUCCAAGCCAAAUAUGUCCUCACUUGUUGUGGGUUGCAUUCAGAUACCAUAGCCGUUUUAACCGGUUGCCCAGAAGAACCAAAGAUUAUUCCAUUUAGAGGUGAAUAUUUAUAUGUAGUUCCACACAAAAGUAAUAUUGCAAAAGCCAAUAUUUAUCCAGUACCUGAUCCAAGAUUUCCAUUUUUGGGAGUUCAUUUAACUCCAAGGAUUGAUGGGCGUAUUAUAGUGGGACCAAAUGCCAUUUUAGCUUUUUCUAAGGAAGGAUACAGAUGGGGCGAUAUCAAUUUAAGAGAAUUGAAAGAAAUAUGUUCAUUCUCUGGAUUUCGUAAAAUGGCUAUGAAAUAUGCUAGUUUUGGAAUAAAAGAGAUGGCAAGAUCAGCUAUAAUGCCAUUACAAGUAAUGCAGAUACAACGAUAUAUACAAAAUUUAACUAGUGCAGAUGUUGAGAAAGGUCCAGCUGGUGUACGAGCUCAAGCUAUGGCAAAAGAUGGCACGUUGAUUGAGGAUUUCGUAUUUGAUUCGAAACCAGGAACUGGAGCUAUUGGGAGCAGGGUUUUACACUGUCGUAAUGCACCAUCACCAGGCGCUACAUCAUCUUUAGCUAUUGCGGAAAUGAUAGCAGAUAAAAUGAAAGAGGAAUUCAAAUUGUAAUAAUUUCACUUCAUUCAGUCAUAGUUUUCGCUCGAAUUUUCAUAACACGAUUACUACUCCAAUAUGAGCGCUAUUGUGAAGUGGCGGCACGACUGAAAAUUAUAACACAUUUCGUACUCACUCACCACUUAACCAAGUCCGAUGUUACAUGAGCAUAUCAUGAGAUACUUGUCACGAUUACAAUAUUGUGCUAUGUCAUUUAAUGGUCCUCUCCUUUAUAUACAAUUUGUAAAUUGUAUAAAGUAAAAAAUUGUUUUGUAGAUUUAAUGUUUUGUUAAAAAAAACUAGGGUAUAUUCUUUAUAGCUAAACUCUACUAAUUAUUAAUUUUUACUGUAAAGCGUUAAGGAGUUCUUAUCAUUAUUACCAUGAACAAAUAAACUCAUACGUGGUUUCAGUUGCUAGCCAUAACACAGUACCACUUGUACCGGAACAAGCGGUCUUAUGACCUUGCUUGAAAAGAAAUGUAAUUAAAGGAGUUUCUUAGCCAACAGUGUGGAGGUAUUACUAAAUGGUGAUAGAGGUACAUAACUAAAAUAAAAAACAGUUUAUUAGUAGUUAAUUCGAUCUCCACCAAUUUUUAUAGCUAGACUAGGCGUCUUUUGACAUACCCCGCAAAAUGCGGUAUUUAUUUUCAUUGUUAGCUGUCAAUUUAUAAAAUAAUGAUGAAAAUGACAAAUGUAUGGACUAGUUGUGAUGAAAAUUGUUGAGUAAUAACUAUUAUGAGUCAUCCUCUGCUUGAAUUAUAAGCUGACAAAUAAUUAUAAUACAGUGAUGAAUAGUUUAUUGAUCACUAAACAAUGGUGAGAAAAAGAUAACCAGUGGGACCAUUUCUGAUAUUUUAUUUAAUCUAGUCUCUGAAAAGACUAUAUAUAGCUCAUGAUUCUUAAUUGCCAUUUAAAAAUUUAAAUUAAAAAGGCAUUUUAAGCAUUUUUAUUAUGUAUUAUUUUUAAGAAAUGUAUGUAUAUUAAAUGUUUAGUGGACAAAUUCAUAUGAAUAAUAUGCAUUGCUGAUUAAUAUAUUAUUAUUUAUAUAAUAUUUGAUUGAUUUAUAAUUUUAAAAAGUAAAAAAUGCAUAAUUUUAUUUUAGACAUUAAAAACAAUAUAUUUUUUAUGUUAAUCAGAACUGCUUUAUUCAUAAAAACGUCAAACCUCUCAUAAAGUUCUUUUAGCUACUGAACUGUUUUGUCUCUUUCUUUUGUGCUAAAUUCUCGGUUUUAAUGAAAGUGACAAAACAGUGUAAUAAUUAAAAUAGGUUUAUAGGAGUUUUUAAUUUUUAUGAAUAAGGGGAGAAGUUUAUAGAUAAUCUCAAUGUGCUAUAUUAUUAUGUGUUCUGUAAGGAUUGUAAAUUGAAGGUGCUAUGAAACGGAUUGCAAAAUUAGUCAGUCUUAAGUACAAUAUGUACAGACUACUUAGAUAUACAUUAAACGUUUUUGUUAUAGUUUGUUUAUUGUUAUUUUUAUAAGUAUUUCUAAUUAUUGUUAAUGUUAAGAGUGUAAUUAUUGUAGAAAAUAUCUAAUAUUAAGUAUACCUUUAAAAUCAGUUGAACAGUUUCGGAGUUAGGUGAAUGAAUAUCGUAACACAAUACACUGUAAAGAAAUUGAUAUAUAAACUUUUAUAUACAUUAGUUGUGUAAGUAUUGAAGAAUACAACUUUAUAAGACAACA